AUGAAAAACUCCAUUGGGAUAGAUGAUGAAAGGCAGGAACCACAAGUGAAUAGCAACAGUUGUCGACUGAACUUGAUUAACAUCAUCUUUAUUCGACUCAAGUGGCUACAUACUUUUGCUUUCACUUCACAAAAAUUCCAUUAUAGAAUGACGACGAUAACUUGGUUUGGUCAUGUGGCGUUUCGAACGAAGUUUGAAUGUUUAAUUAUUACAUGCUGA